AUGGCUUCGAACGCCACGGCACUACCGAAGCCGGCAACCGCGGACACGGGCUUCAUCUUUUCUAUGCCCGAGCGCGAGCAUCCACUCACGUCGGAUGUAGCAUUCCUCAGAGCGCUAUCGUGGUACCUGCCGGACGACAUUCUGUCGGCCGUGAGGCCGGAGCUGGCCAAGAUUGCCGAGGAGGCAGCUUCUGACCCUGUGAAGAGUUGGACCUGCGACGCCGAAGUUCGCCAGCCAUACGUCAAGACGCAUAACGUAUGGGGCGCGAGGUACGAUGUGGACAAAUUGGUGACGAGCGAUGGGUGGAAGAACCUCCGCACAUGGGGGGCACAAAACGGUAUCGUCGCGACCGCCUACGAGCCUCACUUUGGGCAGUACAAACGAAUCGUCCAGCACGCAAAGAAUUACUUCUUUGGUCCCUCAUCCGCGCUGACGGGUUGUCCUCUCUCAAUGACUGACGGCGCGGCGAAACUGCUCAGCGAGGUCCUCCCGUCCCUUCCUUCGUCGCACCCAUUUCAUGAGGUGUAUGAGCAUCUCAUAUCUCGCACCGAUUAUUGGACUUCCGGCCAGUGGAUGACGGAGCGUGCCGGCGGCAGCGAUGUACAGAACACAGAGACCUGGGCGACGUACCGGCCUCUUGCUCAGAAGACUGGUGCUUAUGGGCGGCUGGAUGAGGGCGACUAUCUCGUGUCCGGGUUCAAAUUCUUCUCCUCCGCGACCGAUGCCGAUGUUGCUGUUCUGUUGGCCAAGACUGACAGUGGGAAGUUAAGCGCAUUUCUUGCGCCAUUGACCAGAAGAAUUGUUGGCGUGGACGGCAAGGAGAGGAUUGUGACGAACGGAAUUCGCAUACAUCGCCUCAAGAACAAGUUGGGCACCAAACAGCUCCCCACGGCUGAGCUCGAGCUCAAAGACGUGCGCGCCCAUCUAGUCGGACCAGUAGAUCGCGGCGUCAAGACCAUCUCCCAUAUACUCAACAUUACUCGCGCGCACGCAUUCAUGGGAAGUGUCGCCGGGUGGAGGCGAUGCCUGUCCAUCGCCAAGUCCUUUGCUCGAGCUCGUUCGACCUGGGGGGUGCCGCUGUGGAAGCUGCCCCUUCACCUCCGCACGCUUGCGGACAUGGAGCUCAAGCUCCGAGGCGCUCUACAUCUUGCCUUCUUCACCAUUUCUCUGAUGAGCUUCACCGAAAAUGGAUUCCCGGCCGGUGUCACCACGGGAUCUUACGCGCCUGUACCCCACGAAGGUGCCGAAGCCCGGGUCGUCUUAAGGGCGCUGACUGCAACAUCAAAAGCAGUCAUCGCCAAGAACACGUCAAGCGGAAUCCAGGAAUGCAUGGAGGCUAUGGGAGGUGUAGGCUACAUGGAUGAGCCAGACGAGCCGGAGAAUCUUGCCCGUGCAUUUCGAGAUUCCAACGUCAACACCAUCUGGGAGGGUACCACGAACGUCCUCAGCAGUGAGGUCGUACGCAACCUGGUCAAGGAAGACAAUCUUCAAAUAUUUGAUGGAUGGCUCAAGCGUGCCAUUGGCGACAUCAAGACCAAGCAAUAUCGCCUGGCGUUGAGCAGUUCGUGGCAGACCCUCCAUCGCUCAUUGGAGAGCGGCAAAGGGAGCUUCCUCGACCUGCUCGGCAAUGGCAGGCGCAUCAUGUUUAGUCUCGCUUGGAUCGUCAUAAGUCUGCUGUUGGCGGCGGAUGCGGAGCGAGAUGGCGACGCCGUGGCCAACGAAGUGGCACGCCGAUGGAUUCUGAAUGGGGAGGGUGGUGUUGGCGAGUGGCUUCUACCACAUGUCGGCGGAAUACGCGAAGGAGCAUACUUUCAGGAAGGCGACGAUCGUGCGAGGUGGGACUUCAGACUCAUUUGGGGGGAUUCAGCGGGGCAAAGCCACGAAAGCCUCGGCAGGCUGGGACAGGCGAAGAUCUGA